AUGAGGUCUACCAUCGCGAUCGGUUUGCUGAUCCUAGUGAUCGCACAGUGCACCCUGACAAGUCCAGUUCCGCAAUUUCUCACCUUCCGUGAUGGGAAGUUUGGCGUCAACUUUGGCGGCUACCACGCGGAGGCCGGUUUGGGUGGACUGCUAACGGGCAACAGUGCUCACGGUGGUCUGUCCGCUUCUGCCGGCACGCCCCACGGACAGCAGGCCGGGGCCGGUAUUGGCGGUCUGCUCGGCGGCAACGAACGCACGGCGGGAGGAGCGUAUGCUGGAGCAACUGCUGGACAUGGCGUCGGAGCUAGUGCUGCCAUCGGUGGAGGACUUGACGAUAGAGGUGCUGCUGGUGGUGCAGGAGCCGAAUCACAUGCCGGAGGGGUGAGCAAGAAGGUCGUCCGACUUGGCCAAACGAACCAAGGAGCACCACCAUCGGAGGUCGUCAUUACGAAGGAAACGGGUGUGCAGCAUGGAGGAAACUUUGAACGUAUCGAUGAUCACCACGUUAAGCAAGUACACACUGAGCUGAGAGCGCCAGAACCUCAAGCAGCCCCAGCCCAUACCUACCACAAAACGGUCUACAAGAAGAAAGUAAUUAGUCAUCCUCACAAGGUUGCCAUUGUUGAAACGCAACACACCGGACCCGAGCCACAGAUUGAUCUAGAAAGAUUCUUCGACUUCCAAAAAUUCUCCAACUUUGGUGCGCAUUAUGCUCAUCCGGCGCCACCACCACCACCGCCGCCACCACCACCACCAACGUUCCACAAGACGUUUGUGAAACAGGUGUCCUAUCAACAGGCACCUUCCUACGAGAAAGAGGUACACACCCGCUUUGAUUCGUCGAAUGGACACAGCGGUUCAGGAGCGUCCUCGAGCACCCACGUAGUUAGCAGCUCGACGCAUGCUCACAAUACAAACUUCUGGAAUGAUAUUUUCAACAUUCCCAUUUCCACCCUGACUGCCGUCAACCAGCUACUGAACAACAAGUCCGGAAGCGGCACUGUGCACGUUGAAAAGCGCGUGGAACAUCAUUAA